AUGGCAGCAAAAGGAUUAUUGGAGAGCGCUGUUUUCGAAAGAUAAGGCUUGGAAUUCACACGCCAAUGCGAACACAGCGGCGGCUAUCAUUGACCCCCACGGUAUCGUACUCUGCAAUCGGAAGAGCCCAAUCUCAAGACAUGCACAUGCAUUGUCACGCUCGCACCUCGCUCGCCGGUUCACGCAGUCACACCGGUUUCCCCGCUAUGUGCUCAGUUUAAAUCGAUAUGAUCCGCAUGUAUCUUAGAGAAUCGGCGUGCCUGAGUUUUGAUGCCGCCCCUUCCUGAUAGAUUAUACGACCCCAAGUCAAUAUCUAUACUCUUUUGUGGAAUCGUAGCUUCACCAUGCCAGCCACUAUAACAACAGCUUCUGGUGCAACCUGGGAGGAGGUAGCCGCAGAUCGGCAGCGGCAUCGUGACAUCAGUUUAGCAUCGUUUAAACCAUCCCCCCUUAAUCUACCGACAGGCAGCAUACCAGUUGAUACAUCAGCUAUCCCCAGAUCCGUACUCGCAGCCCAGGAUGUAGAAAUCACAGAGAAGAACGUAGAGGACUUGGUCCCGAUGCUUGCUUCAGGUCAAUGGAGCGCAAAAACAGUCGUCCAAGCCUUCAUGCGGCGAGCCGCUCUAGCACAGCAGCUCGCGAACUGCGUGACGGAGCUGCUCCCUGAACAGGCCCUUAAGAGAGCAGCCGAGCUAGACGACCAUCUUGCUGCCACGGGGAAACCUAUUGGUCCACUGCAUGGCGUCCCGAUCAGUGUCAAGGAGCACAUCAUGAUGAAAGGCCUCGAUUCAAACGCCGGUUUCGUCGGCUGGGUGGGCAGGGUCGCCGAGGAGGACGCGCAUAUCUUGCAGAUCCUCUGGGCUGCGGGUGCCGUGUUUUAUGUACGGACUACGCAGCCCCAGACGCUUAUGCAUCUCGAGACGAGCAAUAAUCUGUACGGUGCCACGGUAAAUCCUUACAACACAACCCUCACGGCCGGUGGGUCGUCCGGCGGCGAAGGCGCAUUGGUAGGUCUCCGGGGCUCUGUGCUAGGCAUCGGAACGGAUAUAGGCGGAUCGAUACGGUCCCCGGCCGCUAAUAACGGCGUCUUCGGAUUCAAACCCACGGCGCUGCGACUCCCUGUGGGCGGAUGGGCCCUCACGAUGGCGGGUGCCGACCAUAUUCUUCCGACUAUUGGGCCGCUAUGCACGAGUCUUGAGGGUGUCUUGCUCUUCGUCCGUACGAUUUUGCACGCGAGCCCGUGGCUUAAGGAGCCCAGUCUGAUCCCGAUUCCGUGGAAGGACGAGGUCAAACCAAGGGCUGGAAAUGGGGCCAAGCUGAGGGUCGGAGUCAUAUGGGAUGACGGCGUCGUGAGGCCUCACCCUCCUGUUGCGGCUGCCCUGUCGCAAGUCGUCGAGAAGUUACGGGGUAGCGACGAGAUAGAAGUCGUAGACUGGCAGUGCUACAAGCAUGAUUUGGCGUGGGAGAUUAUCGCAAAGCUAUAUUUCUGCGACGGAGGCGCGGAAGAAAAGGCCGCCGUCAACGCUUCCGGGGAACCCUUUCGACCCCUAUCAAAAUGGAUUCUAGAAGAGAAUCCACACGUGCGGGAACACACGAUUCCAACUCUCUGGAAAGCACAUCAAGAGCGCGAUGCCUAUAGGGCUUCAUACGCCGCCCUCUGGAACGAGCAAGGCGUCGAUGUCAUUCUGUGUCCAGUCGGCCCAGGCGUCGCGCCUAAACUCGAUACCUCUCGAUACUGGGGAUACACAGCACAGUGGAAUCUCCUCAAUUACCCAGCCAUCGUAUUCCCCACGGGCGCCAAAGUCGGGCGUGAUACUCCAGGAGUAAGAGUAGGGGCAGAAGAUCUCGGCACGCACGAAUACCCGGCCGAUUACAAGCCCUUGAGCGAAGCUGAUGCGUAUAAUUAUGGCUUGUGGAAGGACAAUGGCGUUCAAGGAUAUGAUGGCGCGCCUGUGUCGUUGCAGCUCGUUGGGCGGAUGUACGAAGAUGAGAAAUUGCUUCGGGCUCUGGAUGUCUUGCUCGACGCGGCUGGGUUGGCGAAGACGUGCUGAGUAAGUGGGCUAGCUAGGUGAAGGGAUGCUGGAUGUCAUUUAGCGAUGAUGCGGAUAUUAAUAUGUUAUCACGUCUACUCCGUGGUAUUGAAUU